GAUGACUUUAAGGUUUGAAGCUGUGUAUCCUGAAGGCCUGUGUCCUGGCUGGAAUGUUACACUCAAGGGUGAACCCACCUCAGAAGCCAACAGAUUUGACAUAAAUUUUCUGUGCGACAAAAGCGAACAGAUUGCAUUCCACUUUAACCCACGCAUCACCGAAUCAGAGUUGGUGUGCAAUUCCAAACUGGCCAACAAAUGGGGCAAGGAGGAGAGGACACCAUUCUGCCCAUUAGAGGCAGAAGAGCCAUUCCAGAUGGAGAUUUCUUCCGAUGAGGAAUAUUUCCACGUCUUUAUCGACGGAAACAAAACAUGUCAGUUUAGACACCGCACCGAUGAGCUCAACUCCAUUACUAAGCUGCAAGUGCUGAAUGACAUCAACAUUUCCUCGGUUGAAAUUGCCAAAAAGGUCUUUAUGUGAGGUCAUCCCGGGGACGAGGAGCCCAGCUGCCCACCGCAGUUAAACCCGGAGAACUGCGGACGUUUGAACAUUGGUACAUCACAAAGCUCGGACCUAACCCGCGACAAUGA